GCAGCAGCAGCAGCAGCAGCAGCAGAGACAGCAGGAGACGCCGGGAGCGAGCGCCGGGCUCCAGCACCACCCAUGGCGAAGGAGAAGAAGAGGGCUCUGCUCGAGCUCCUUCACCGAGACGGCAACCAGCUGUGCGCGGACUGCGGGGCACCUGAUCCUGACUGGGCCUCCUAUACCCUUGGAGUAUUCAUUUGCCUGAGCUGCUCAGGAAUACAUCGCAACGUCCCCAAUGUCAGCAAAGUGAAGUCAGUCCGUUUGGAUGCUUGGGAUGAAGCACAAAUAGAGUUUAUGGCCUGCAAUGGAAAUCACGCAGGAAGGGCCAAGUAUGAAUCGAAAACACCAUCAUUUUACUACAAGCCGACGUUUUCCGACUGUCAACUCCUCCGAGAACAGUGGAUCCGAGCCAAGUAUGAAAGGAAGGAAUUCAUUUAUGCGGAGAAGCAAGAGCCCUAUUCUGCAGGAUACCGAGAAGGAUUUCUUUGGAAGCGAGGUCGGGACAACGGGCAGUUCUUAAGCAGAAAGUUUGUAUUGACCGAACGAGAAGGGGCGCUGAAAUAUUUCAACAAAAAUGACGCAAAGGAGCCCAAAGCAAUUAUGAAGAUUGAACAUUUAAAUGCCACCUUCCAGCCAGCCAAAAUUGGGAAUCCUCAUGGCCUCCAGAUCACGUACCUGAAGGAUAACAGCACCAGGAAUAUCUUUGUGUAUCAUGAAGAUGGCAAGGAAAUUGUGGAUUGGUUCAAUGCCAUCCGGGCAGCCCGAUUUCAUUACUUACAAGUGGCAUUUCCUGGGGCCAGCGAUAAUGAUCUCGUGCCAAAGCUGUCCAGAAACUACCUGAAGGAAGGCUACAUGGAGAAAACAGGACCAAAGCAAACUGAAGGCUUCAAGAAACGCUGGUUCACCAUGGAUGACAGGCGGCUCAUGUAUUUCAAAGACCCUCUGGAUGCCUUUGCCAGAGGGGAGGUUUUCAUUGGCAGUAAAGAGAACAGCUACACGGUUCUUGAGGGCCUUCCCCCUUCCACCCAGGGCCAUCACUGGCAGCAUGGCAUCACCAUCGUCACCCCCGACCGGAAGUUCCUCUUUGCCUGUGAGACAGAAGGUGACCAGCGGGAAUGGAUUGCAGCCUUUCAGAAAGUGAUUAAUAGGCCAAUGCUGCCUCAAGAGUAUGCAGUGGAAGCCCAUUUCAAACAUAAACCUUAAAGAGAGAUUGACUUUGAGGGAUCCAAGGACACAAGAUUCUGUUUACAGAACGACCUGGUUUUAUUUGACAUGUAAAAAGCAAAGAGGAAAAAAAAAAAGACAAGCAUCCACCUAAUCAUGUUGGCUGCCAACAUGGGAGUGGGUUGGUGGUGAAGGCAGAGGCCAGAAGACUGACAAAAGAAAAUGGAGCAACCUCUUCUCCCUGGAAUAUCUGCCCUGUUGCCAUGGGGCCUGAUUUUUUGCGAGCAUCUGCUGUUUGCAGUGGCUACGUUUUCACUCACAACCAUUGUGUAUGCCUCACUACAUUAGAAAAGGGGGCCUGGCUGGUGGCUGCACUGCCCUGCAUCCACUUUGGGGAGGGGAGUAGGAAUCUGAACUCAAGUCCUGGAGCUGCCCCUGGGUCUUGGUGCCCAGUUGUGGUCCCAAGUUCCACCUCUGCCAUUGGACCCAAGUUUCACUUCAUGGCAGUGGCUCUGAAGGGGUUUGGGAUGAAGGGUCUGUUUACUGGAAACCUAGUUAAGUGGGAGCUCAGACCUAAUGCUGCUUUCUGGGUGGAGAGGCAAGGGAGGCUGGGGGAUUGAGCCUUGGGGUUGGCCAUGAUCCUUGGGAAGCCCCUCCUCUCCAUCAGCAAAAGGCAGCCUGCUUGCUUCCUAUUUGGGGCUAUGUGAAUGCCCUCCAAGAUCAGAUUUAUUUUAGCACAGCCCCAGAGUGAAUUCUAGAAAUGAAUCUUGCUUGUGUCCUAGUCGUGGUGAAUGAUGGGAACAUUUAUGUGCCAAGAAGUGGAAAUAGGCAUGGAAGCUGUCCUGCCCCAGGAAAAGGUCUAGGGGUACCUGGGGAGCCCAGGCUGGUUUUCAAGAGGUACAUUCCAAGGUUGUGUAAGAACUAAUAGGAGAGAAGCUGUGAGCAAGAUAGGAGUUUGGUGUAAAAUGGGCAUCUAAGAUACCACCUCUUUUGUCAGUCUGCAGCCAAGAAGUAGAAGUCUAAAAGAAAAAAAAACAAUAUUGUUAAGGUGUUUGUGUGCCUUUUCAUCAUGCACACAGACACCUGUGCUGGCUAUACCUGUGCAGUUAGUUACCUUUGUUCUCACAUGCCCUUUCAUCUCUACCUGUCAAAAAAAACAAAAGAAAGAAAAGGAAAGAGAACCUGGCAGGAGAGGUGAUGCUGGAAUCUCCAGGCUACACCUCCUGCUGUAUUUGCAUGUGUCUGUGGUCAGGUCAGCACCUCAUGCACCAAGAAAGAGAAUCUGUAAGAAAAGGGGCAUUUAGGAGACCAUCGGGCAGCUUUCUCCCUCCCUGAAGCCAGCCUUAAAUCCCUGUGUUUGUGGAUUUUCAGCACCCUCCAUAGGUAUGAUAUGGGCAUCGAUGAAGACGGAAACUUCCAAGAUGAGAAGUCCUCAAAGCUCAGACUAGAUUGGGCUACUCCUCUGGGUGGGCAGUGCCCUGGCUUGCCUCUUCACCCAUCCUCACCUGACCAAUAAUCAAUAAUUGUUCUACACCUCUCAUGGGAUUAUUUGGUGCUUUGGGGAUAGUCAUCAUUCUGCUGCUCUAUUUGGAAAAAGGUGGUUGAAAGUGGGACAGGAUUUGGGACCUCAGGAAGGACUAUGUGUAGACAGUGGACCCAGAAUCAGUGAAUCUUCUAUUUUUGCUCAGUUACUGUGGAUGUGCCAAUGGACACAGAGAGAUGACAUGAUUCACCCAGAGGCUUCAUUGAAUUUCACAGAACUGGUUUUUGACUUUCAUACAUGUAUUCAUUCCUAUAACUUAAUCUCACUGUUCUCUAGGGGUGAAUUUCCUUCUUCUCCCAAGUACUCCAUUUCCUACUAUCUGAAUUCAUAAGCUUCUAGUUUCUCAGCAAAACCUCAUCCCCUAAGCCCCAGUUAAGCCAGGGAUCUGUCUGACAACAGCAAAGCUCUCUUCUCUUCCCCAGCUCUUCUUGGUCCCAGCUCGGUAUAGACCCAGUUAACUCAGAGUUCCAUGGGCCUCCCUGACUUGCCUCCACCUCUCUGAUUUGUCUCCUGACCACAGAGCCCAUCCCAGGGAAAGGGGAGAAGUCAUUUAGCCAAAUCAGUCAAAAAUGACUUGCAGUGAUUGGUAUACCCUUCUCUUAGUAACCCUAGCCCUGGCCUCCUUUAUCUGUGGUGCCCCAGUGACAGGCACAUGUUCCGAUCUGAAUUGCAGAGCUGAGCUCAAGGGAAAAGAUGUUGUGCUUUCCAGACUAUGGAAGUACCCACAGUUGUCUUUGCUAUCCUUGACUUGCUCCAGCAUUUAGCACAGUGCCUGGCACAUAGUAGGCGCUUAAUAAAUGUUUAUUGAUUGAUUCCUUGAUUUAACUAGACCCAGCUGUUAAUUUUAUCAGUUGUGGCAAACCCAUCUGCCCUCUACCAUGUUUUACAUAGAUGGUACCAUCCGAACAGACUACAGUUCCCAGCAUGUUGUGCGCCCAUCUUGUUUUGGCUACCAGACCCUUGUGUCUUUUACUAUAACUAGCUAUGACUCCUUUUGGCAAAGGGAGGGGGCUUCUUCAUAAGUUGCCUCUGUACUCCUAUUGAAUAGAGCAGAAUUUUUCCUUUUUUCUGCUGACUAAUGGAACUCAUUUAUCCAGCUGGCCAACAGCUGGCUUUGAGUUGAUCUUUGCUUCUGGAGAAUGGAGUUUGGAUGGGACUGAGCGAAAGGAAGUGUGAAACCAGAUCAUUGGGGCAACUUAAAGCCUCUUCCCUUCUUGAACUCUACAAUGAAAAGCCAGCUGGUCCUUAGUAGGCAGCUCGCCUUCAUUCAAGAAAUAUUUAUUGAGGGCCUACUAGGUAUGUGGGCUCAGUGCUAAAGAAAGGAUCCCGAGUAGCUGUGGGUGCUAUCUCCUGGUAGACUUUUGACUAUUUUUGUUUUUUAAACACUUCAGUCAGGGCAAACCCAAGGUCCACUCAGAAGAACUGAGUGAUUAUGGGGAUGAUUUGAGGGGUAGCCAGCUGGCCUAGGCUUGCCUCUCUGCCCUUUUGGGAAAGAGGCACAUAUACUUUGCCAUGCAGUUUAACCUAGAGUCCGAGGUCAGUAACUUUUAUUUCUGGCAGGCCAGUAGUGACAAGUGUUGAUUUUAUUUAUUUUAUUCUGUGUAUAUUUUAGACUGUGGAGCAUGAGGAGAGGAUGAACUUGUAAAAUACAUCAUGUACAUGUGUAGAAACACAAGCACCUUGCUAUGAUCUUGUCCUCAAAUUCCAUACCUUCUAGUUGUGAUUGCCUUAUAACAAGGUCCUCUUGGUACUUUUGUAACUAAAGCUCUGUGGAUGGGGCUCCAAAUGGAUUGGUGAAGAGUGCAUUGGACUCAGGAGUCAGAAGACCUGGGUUCUAGUCCCAGGUCAACUGCUGUGAAACCUCAGGCAAAGUCAGUUCAUCUCUCUGGGCCUCAGUUUCCCCUUUUACAAAAUGAGGAGGUUGGACUGAUCUAUAAGGUCUCAUCCCACCUCUAACAAGCUAAGAUACUGUUUUGAGGCCCCAGUGUGGGAAGGGCAGGGUGUAUGUACAUACGUGCAUUAGGUGCUGGUCACUGGCACUGAUCAGCAAGGCUGGUUUAACCCUUGCUGCUGCUAAAUUUGUCAGAAAACCAAACUGACUCAGUAUUAUGGGGGAAACUUUGCUCCCGACUCCACCUAGCAGUGUGACCUUGAUCAGAAUGACAGGCCUUGGACUGACUUUCCCAGCCUCGCCACCCCCUCAGCUGCCAAUCUGAGGCCCACAAAACUGAUCCUGUCUUUUGCUUGUCCUCCACAACUGGCCAUUUCACUUUUGUACCUUCGUGCCCAACCUGCAACACCAGCUGCUUGAAGGGGGCAUGCCAGUCUCUGAUGGAGACAAUCAGCUGUUCUUUGGCGGGAGCCAUCUUAGAGUGGUCAGUUGUGGAUAGGACUCCUGAGAUGCUGAGGGUGAGAGGAGUGGAUGGGCCUUGUACAGAGCAUGUUGGAAUUUUUAUCUCUUAAAAAAAAAAAAGCAAAUAAAUGAGACCUGUCAGUUUAAUUUGGGGAGUGGGGAGGGAAACAAGAUACUUUCCAUGUGAAAUAUAUUUCUUGGGUUAAUGUUUGUAAUCAAGAAAGCAUCUAUUAAGCACUUACAUGCCAGGCACAGUGCUAGGCACUGGGGUUCAAAUAUAAAAAACAGGACAGUCCCAGUGUCCAAGAAGUUUAUGUUCUACUUGGGGGAAGGGGGCGGGGUUGGUUGGCAGUUAACAUUUCUAGAAGAGCAGUAGGCAGGGAAGGAAGUUUAAGUGAAGUCUUAGAGCAAUAAGGGGAAAACGUGGGUAGGCUGGGCUUAUGGUAAGAAGCCUGCUCUAGCUAAGCCUCGGUGGAUGGCUGGAAGGGAUGAAGCCUGGUUCUGGGGUAGGCUGGAGGUGAGAGUGUGGUGGUGACCAAGUCCUCAGGCUUCCAUCAGUGCAGUUCUGCCCCAGGCCAGCCCCAAAAUGAAUGGAUUGAUUGAGGGGUGGGGGAAGUUGUAGUUUGGGCCUGGAAGGUCAGGCCCAGGAAAGCCAGGGUAAUCUAGCUAUUUUUGCUGGCUACGUCCACAGGGAUGGUAAGUUCAUGAGCAAGAUGAACCUGUUAAGGUUCUUGCCAUGUGUGUCCUUGGUGGGCCAAUGGCAUCUGGAAGUCUUGAAGACAGCCCCAGGGGUUUCAGGAAAAAGGGUGGUUCUCUAUGGGCAGGGAGAAAUCCUUCCUGAUCAUCUGUCCUCAGGACACAUACAACCCCCUCCAUCCUCAACUCCUUCUCACCAAGGCCACUUCUCCAGGACCUUCACCCUUCCCUCUUUGCCACCCAGGUUAGGGCCAGCCCCUGCAGCAUGCCUUCUACCAACACGGGCCUCAUUCAUCUGGUCCUGAACGUACUUGAGGCUGAGCAGAUGGUUGGUGGGCGACACCCAGACAAGCAUCUUGGAAAAGCCAGGCUGAACCCUCGGGCCAGCAUGGAUUACUGUCUGACUGCUGAGGGGCUGCUGAGGUGCUAAGCUGCACCUCCUUGCUGCGGCCUCUGGGGGUGCUGUGGGACCUGUGAGGCCUCUCGUGUUGCCUGUUGUUCCUACUACUGCUGCUGCUGCCGCUGCCACCGCCAAGCCCCUUCCUCCAGUGGCAGCACCCAUCUUAUUGUAUAAAUUUGUUAUGUCACUGAUAAUAAAAUCAUGGUACUAAA